AUGUUCCACUCGGUCCCCUAUACGUCCCGUCUGCAGAGGAGCCGCUUUCAUGUUUGCCACUCGACAUAUGUCCUGACGACACUACUGGGACGCCCUGAUUACAGCCUGCUGCAGAGGUAUGGCACUCUGAUGACAGGUUGUGAGCGCUCGUUCGGAGGUUUGUUUGGUCCAGCGCUGACGGCCGCACUCACCACCGCGGGUUCAGUCCUGGGACACUUCCCUCUCCUCCAAAUAAAACGUCCGGAGCUGGAGACCGUCCCAGCAGUGUACGGCCCGCCCCCGGCCCCGUCUGAUGAUGUCACAGCUUGGAAACGCUGUCACCAUCAGGGGGGAGGAGAGGGGGGAGACCGGCCCAGUGUGGAAGAGAGGCAGAGGAGAGGGGGAGACCGGCCCAGUGUGGAAGAGAGGCAGAGGAGAGGGGGAGACCGGCCCAGUGUGGAAGAGAGGCAGAGGAGAGGGGAGACCGGCCCAGUGUGGAAGAGAGGCAGAGGAGAAGGGGGAGACCGGCCCAGUGUGGAAGAGAGGCAGAGGAGAGGGGGAGACCGGCCCAGUGUGGAAGAGAGGCAGAGGAGAGGGGGAGACCGGCCCAGUGUGGGAGAGAGGCAGAGGAGAGGGGGAGACCGGCCCAGUGUGGGAGAGAGGCAGAGGAGAGGGGGAGACCGGCCCAGUGUGGGAGAGAGGCAGAGGAGAGGGGGAGACCGGCCCAGUGUGGGAGAGAGGCAGAGGAGAGGGGGAGACCGGCCCAGUGUGGGAGAGAGGCAGAGGAGAGGGGGAGACCGGCCCAGCUUCCCCUCGCCUCGUGAAGACCCAGCAUGUGUGUCCUGUACGAGGCACGGGGCUCUAGACUGCACGGCCCUCACAGAUGCACUGGAGAAGAACCAAGACGGACUGUUCUCAAGAUCACCUGUCACUGAGGACACCACUCCAGAGGGGACAAAGGACCCUGACGAGACCGAACAAAACAUCUCCACAAAGAGGAGAGCACAGGGAGAGCACAGAGGGAGCACAGGGCCAGAGGCUGAAGUGGACGGACUCUUAAACAGUCGCCGCGUCAUUCAGUCACUGCCUGAAGCUGAGGGGGACAGAGCCGGAGCAGAGGGGCGUGGGACAGGGGGUCAGGGGUGUGAGAGUGGGUGCAGAGGUGUCCCGGGACAGAAGGACGGGGUCACAUGGUGCAGCGAGCCCCGGGCACAGGACCAGGCUCCUGGGUGGGCCCCGGGACUGGGACUGGGACUGAGGCACAGACUGGCCAAAUGGUGUCGAUGUGUGCGGCUUUGA